ACACUAUUUAGAAAAUGUAUUUAUAAAAGAAAUAACUUUUAGAUUUUCGAUUAAUUUUAUCCUCUUUUUAAUAGAAACAAAAUAUAGUUUUUUAUACGAAAUUAGUAGGUAUUAUACAAUUGGACUGUUUCUCUUAUUUCAUUAUAAUUUAAUUUCAAACACGAUAUCAUUUUAAUUUCUAAUGUAGAAAAUAAAAUGUUAAUAAUAUAUUAAAUAUAAAAUAAAACGUGACAUAUUGAAUGACUUUCAGAUAUAUACAAGUAUUUCCUACUAAUAUACAACAGCAUCGGUGGUUCAGUGGUAGAAUGCUCGCCUGCCACGCGGGCGGCCCGGGUUCGAUUCCCGGCCGAUGCAUUUCUUUUUACAAUCCUUAUAUUCUUUAACCAUUAAUUAUUUUAAAUCGUUAUUUUAUCGAUACUUCUAAAUUACUAAAGUUAUUUUGAAACAUAAUAUGUCAGUUACUAAUUAAAAUUCAAAGCAAUUAAAAAAUAAUUAACUCAAAAUACGGUAUAAAACAGUAAUUAAGGAAAAUUGCUUUCUCGAUUGCCAUUAUGCAUGCACAAUGUCUCCGCAACAAGAGGACAUUAAAAACAAAUACAACGAGGUUGUUGCUUGAAAUAUUUGUUGCAUUUAAUUUUAUAAAAAAUAUAUAUACAGCACCACCGGACUACUGCCUACAAAGUUUGAACACAUCGGAAUGUAAUUUUAUACCAAUUAAAGUAUUUUCAUACUACAAGCCCGGUUCUCGGUGUGAGUUAGAGGAGUGGAGGGGAUGUCCGUCAGAUAAUAAAUUUGAUACAGAAGAGGAAUGUAAGAAUGUAUGCAUUAAAUCAUAUAGUUUUGGAUAUGAAAAAAGUAAAAAAGUAUUUUAUAAUGGUGGGAAAAAGGCAAAGUGCGUUACACCUUUGAACAUUUAUAACUGUAACAAUAACGCUACCAAAGCUUUUGUUUAUAACAAAGCUAUUAACAACUGUGACGAAAUUAUAUGGACCGGAUGUCCUCACAUGGGAAAUGUAUUUGAAGAAAAACUAGAUUGCUUACAAACUUGUUACCGAGGUGACCUGAAUUGGCAUGAAAAGUUAAGCAUAAUGUCGAAUAAACAAGCAGAUCAGCUGGAAACAAUUCUAAAUAAUAUCUCAAUAGAGGAUUCUGAUGCCACAGCAAACCAUACAAAACCGAAUCACGUCACAGGAAACAAUCAAUUAUUAUUAAAAACUGAAACACAAGCGAAUAAACAACAAAGCGCAUAUACAGAAAAAGUUAUAAAAUAUCAAAACAUUAACAAUCUAACUGAUAAUCAGUAUUUUGAUGAUAUUAAAAUUUUAAAUGAUAAGUUUAAUGGAACUACCAUUACAACGAAUACUGUAAUAAACGAUAAGGAUGACAAAGAACUACCUUUUAGUGCAAGUAAGAAAAUAAACGAUAUAAACACAAGUGAAUCUCCUGUCGAUAGACUUAUUGAUAUAACCAAUUAUCUCUCGACAACAGAAUAUCUUAAGACAACAAAUACUAAAUUCAAACCUAAUGACGUCCAUAAAGAAGUUAAUGUUACUAACACAGAUUAUACUAAUUUCGAAUCACCUACUAUAGAAAUAUCAACAACUAAUGAAGUUCAGUCAACGGUUGAUGUAACAGAAAGCACAAAAGUUGAUAUUACUAAAGCCGAAGAGAUAAAAACUUCUAUAACUAAAGAAAUAACACAAACAACUAGGAUAAGAACAACGCCAAUAAAAGUAGGAACCGCAAAAGCAGUUGUAUUACCACAAGAUUUGUAGUCAAAUUAAUUGAAUGCACCGGGUUCAGAGUGUAACAUUCUACGUAGGCAUUUAAGAAAAUUACGCAAUACAAAAAUACCAGAUUAAGAUUGUUGCCGGGAAAUACUUUACAAUAACCUUAUAAACGAAAAAUUUAAGCUGUUGA